GUGUGAAAUGGAGCUGAAUUAGGGGCCCUUCACUUUACGGUCACUUAAAGGCUGAAUGCACUGACCGGCGGGUUGUAUUGCGUAUGAGCGUUCACGGCUGGACUCACGCGAGAGAUGAUGUGGAGGUACACGAAUUUGUUCGCAUGUCUGCUGGUCCUGUGUAAGGAUGCGACCUCACAGAGCAAGAUAUUUGGAGAGACAGAGCCAGUCCGUAUGGUGUCUGAGGGCUCCGACUGCCGCUGUAAAUGCAUCAUGCGACCUCUGAGCAGGGAUGCCUGCAUGCGGCUGCGGACCGGCAGUGUGCGCGUGGAGGAUUUUUAUACAGUGGAAACAGUCAGCUCGGGAUCCGACUGCAAGUGUUCCUGCACUGCGCCGCCGUCCUCUCUGAACCCUUGUGAGAAUGAGUGGAAGAUGGAGAAGUUAAAGAAACAGGCCCCUGAGUUAUUAAAACUCCAAUCGAUGGUGGACCUCCUGGAGGGAACCCUUUACAGCAUGGAUCUACUGAAAGUCCACUCAUACAUCAACAAGGUGGUGUCGCAGAUGAACACACUGGAAGAGACAAUCAAGACAAACCUAACACGAGAGAAUGAAUUUGUCCGUGACAGCAUGACGAGUCUUACCAACCAGUUUAAAAGAUAUGAAAAUUACUCCAACAUUAUGAUGAGCAUCAAGAAAGAAAUCUCCGGUCUCAGUCUACAGCUGCUUCAGAAAGACUCUUCUGACACCAAAGUUCAGCAUAAUAAUGAUGAAAAAACCAAGAGCGUAGUAAAGCCGCCCAACAAAAAGCCGCCAGUACCCAAGCCGCCUCCUAAACCUAAAGAAAAAGUCAUCAAGCCCAAGAAGGAGGUCACUAAACCUGUGAAAGCACUCAAGCCUGACCCUACGGCCAAAACUAAGGUGGUUGGCCACCAGCCAGGUGUGAUCCGAGGCAUUACUUAUUACAAGGCUGCCAAGUCUGAUGAGGAUGAGGUCAGAGGAGACAACCUAGCCAAAACAUACACACGGCAUCAUGUCACCGAAACCCAGUCUGAGGACGGCGGAGCUGAAAUGGUUCUCGAAACCAUGGAUGCGACACUUGCACAGGCUACUGCACCCAAUGCAUUUCCCACCAACAUAACUCCUGCCACCACUAGGACUGUUGACAUUAAUCCAACCACUACCAUUGCACCAACCGCUACAAUCAUCUCAGGCCAAAGCAUAGCAGCUACAGAAAGGCCUGCUCCCACUAUUGUGCUACUGCUGGACAACAGCAACAACAACAGUCGACCCACUCUCCACAGAGCAGGGAAAAUCCUUCACUGUGAAGGCACUCUAGCGUCAAUCGAUCAGCCAGAGAAGCAACACAGUUAUGGCCGCAAUGAAGGAGCCUGGAUGAAGGACCCGUUGGCCAAAGACUCUAAGAUUUACGUCACAAACUAUUAUUACGGCAACAAUCUGGUGGAGUUUCGCAACCUGGAGAACUUCAGGCAAGGUCGAUGGAGCAAUCUUUUCAAGCUUCCUUACAACUGGAUCGGCACAGGUCACGUGGUUUACAAUGGCGCCUUCUACUACAAUAGAGCCUUCACAAAGAACAUUAUCAAAUAUGACCUGAAGAUGCGAUAUGUGGCUGCCUGGACGCUCUUGCAUGAUGUGGUUUACGAGGACACCACACCGUGGAAAUGGAGAGGUCAUUCUGAUAUUGACUUUGCAGUGGAUGAAAGUGGACUGUGGGUGAUCUAUCCCGCCAUGGACUAUGACUACAACCAACAGGAAGUCAUCGUCAUCAGUAAACUUGAUCCGGGAGACCUGUCCUUGAAAAAGGAAACAACCUGGAGGACAGGUCUCAAGAGGAACUCUUACGGCAAUUGUUUCAUUAUCUGCGGUGUCUUGUAUGCUGUCAAUGUAUACAACCAGAAGGAAGGGGAAGUGCGUUAUGCUUAUGACACCCAUACCAACACAGAGGCCACACCACGUCUGGUCUUUACCAAUGAGUACUCGUUCACUACGCAAAUUGAUUAUAACCCCAAGGAGAAGGUUUUGUAUGCCUGGGACAAUGGCCAUCAAGUCACAUAUCGGCUCCACUUUGUCGACCAGUGAGAGCAGCGAUAAAUACAGUAAGCUAACGGCAUGCCUGCUGUUAUGGACCAGAAGUGCUCAGAAUUUGAUAGCUUCUUUGUCCCAAGAAGACCACUUCCAGUAACAAUGCAUGUUGUUAAACAGCUGACCUCACUAUGGACUGAACAGAGACUAUGGACAUAAUCUUACAGGUUGAGUUGAAAGUCAAUAGGCAGAGCUCAAGUAGAUACAGUAUAUUAUGUACAUUCAUGAAAUGUCAGCAGGCUGGCUAACUGAGUUUUUGUAGAGAGAAAAACAAAUACACACGUUGGUAAAACUAUGUUUUAACCCUUCUGUGAAAGAAAGAAAAAACUAAAAUUGGCAUGUCCUCUCACAGUAGGUCAUUGCAUGAAAAAACAAUUGCAGUGAUUUGUCAAAAACCUACUGUUUUGUCUUUAUGAAAGAAAUUCGCCAGGAAACGGUUUAAUCAAUAUCAGAUUACCGUAAUUCUCGUACUACAGGGUGUCCAUAAAGUCUCUACCAUUUCAAAAAUGUAUUAAAAAUGCAAUUGAUUAGAUAUUUUAUUCAGAUUUGUUCUAUUGUAUUCAGCGUUUAUUGAAGUU